UGUGUGGACGAUUGCGCAAUCCUGAAGGUUUAUUGCCUUCACUUGAGCUGCGAGACUCAGUCAAAGGAAAGUUUCAUUACAGCAGCAGGCUACACUGCCUUCUUCUGUGAAGACCAAAUAUUGUUAUGUUUUUCACACUAUGUGCUGAAUGCUCACAAUGCCAGAAAAUAUUUAAGAAUCAUCGUCUUUGGAAGAGCAUUACCGGUUCCAGUGGAACCUCUUGGACUUACAAUAUCGUUUUGCAAAAAACGAAUCUAAAAACAAAUGCAGCAAUAAGCAGAAAAAUUGGGGACCGGAGCAUCGCCAACUGCUCAUCGUUACAAUGCCUGUGCAAGCCCCGCAAUGGACCGAAUUCCUGUUGUGCGACAUCUGCACACAAACGUUCGAGGAGAGCAAUCGCAAGCCCAUCAGUCUGGGAUGCGGCCACACCGUGUGCAAAAUGUGCCUGAACAAACUGCAUCGCAAGGCCUGCCCCUUCGACCAGACCGCCAUCAAUACCGACAUCGAGCAGUUGCCCGUCAACACCGCCCUGCUACAGCUAGUCAGUGGACAGGUUUUGAAACCCCAACCAGUCACCUUACUGACAGAUGAAGAGGACAUCAAGAACUAUGAGGAGUCUCGCACAUGUGUGGAGGACCUGGCCCUCUACCUCAAACCCCUGAGCAACACCAGAGGUGCAGCGGUGAAUGGUGUCGCUCAGAGCGUGCUCAGCAGACCCAUGCAGAGGAAGCUAGUAACGCUGGUUCACUGCCAGCUCGUGGAGGAAGAGGGCCGAAUCAGAGCCAUGCGGGCCGCCCGGUCUCUGGGUGAGCGUACAGUCACUGAGCUCAUCCUCCAGCACCAGAACCCUCAGCAGCUUUCAUCUAAUCUGUGGGCAGCUGUGAGAGCCAGGGGAUGCCAGUUUCUUGGCCCUGCAAUGCAGGAAGAGGCGUUGAAACUUGUUCUGCUGGCAUUGGAGGAUGGUUCCGCCCUCUCACGGAAGGUUCUGGUCCUGUUCGUGGUCCAAAGACUCGAACCUCGCUUUCCUCAAGCCUCAAAAACCAGCAUCGGUCACGUAGUGCAGCUCCUCUACAGGGCCUCCUGCUUCAAGGUGACCAAGCGCGAUGAGGAUUCCUCUCUAAUGCAGCUGAAGGAGGAGUUUCGUACCUACGAGGCCCUCCGGAGAGAGCAUGACUCUCAGAUCGUACAGAUCGCUAUGGAGGGCGGACUGCGUAUCGCACCUGACCAGUGGUCCUCGCUGCUGUAUGGAGACCAGUCCCAUAAAUCUCAUAUGCAGUCUAUUAUAGAUAAGUUACAGACGCCGGCGUCCUUCGCUCAAAGCGUACAGGAGCUCACAAUAGCCCUGCAGAGAACCGGAGAUCCAGCCAAUCUGAACCACCUCCGACCUCACCUGGAGCGACUGGCUGAUAUUGACCCCAGUCCAGAUGCUCCUGCCCCAACAUGGGAGCAGCUUUCCAAAGGGUUGGAAGCAGUGCGUACGGUGGUUCACGGUCUGGUUGACUACAUCCAGAACCACAGCAAGAAAGGAGGAGAUCAGCAGCAGCCACCCCAACACAGCAAGUACAAGACCUACAUGUGCCGAGACAUGAAACAGAAGGGAGGCUGUCCACGCGGAGCAAGCUGCACAUUCGCCCACUCUCAGGACGAACUGGAAAAGUACCGUAAAAUGAACAAACGUCUGGGACUGCGUCAUCAGCUCAGCCAAUCUCUUACCCAGCUGAAUGAGAUUGACAUGGGUUUGUUAUCCGAGGACAGUCCGGUGAUAGAGGGGCUUCCGCGCAAGUCUGCCUCCAUCACCAACGGCAUUCUAGCGGCAGGCCCUGGCUCUACUAUAACCCAUCUGGUGUCAAGAGGAUCAGACCCGUCUUACGACCCAUCCCACAAAGCAGCAAAGAUGGACUCGGGGAGUCUUAGUGCCCCGGGAUCACCUCCGGACUCAUUGGAAUCUAUUCCAAAAGCAACAAUGUCCCUAAAUUCCCACUCCAGGAUGGCAAACGAUGGACAGAAGCACAUUCCUCACAUGUAUCCAUCACACCCGUCUGAUCUGUACUACCCUGAAACCAGAGCACCAUCCACCCAAUAUGAAUCCCCCCAGUAUUCCGCAGCAAAUCCUUACCCCCACCACCACGCCCACCCACGUUACGCCCGCCACCCCGCUCCACCUCCGGAUCCGGGCAUGCCACCUUACCCAGACUCGUAUUCCAGCUCUUACACCUCAGAACGCCAGUAUUCCAACCCAUCUUCCCAUUACGGGUACCCUUCCCACCACGACGGACGCCGGCACCCCGCGUACCCAAGCCAAGCCCAUCCCCAAGCAUUUCCUCCACGAGAAGAGUAUGUCCGGAGGAGUCCAGCGCCCAUGGACGUCCCGCCCCUACAGUCCCAAAACGCCAGCACCUCGUACCUUCCAGAAUCAGCUCAGGAGAGAUACGUCUCCGAGAACUAUAACCACUCGAGGAAUUAUCACAGGAGUGCCUACGCUCGUCCACAACCCUCGCUUGACUACCUGCUAGGCCGCAGACAGGAGAUCAUGGCUCAGCUGGAGCAGAGGAAAGUCGCCUCUCCUACGCCGUUCGGCUCCACGCCGUCAUACGACCCAAGCUAUCCUCAGGACACGAGGGGACAAAGUCAUUACACGGAGGAGAACUCAUACGCUUUUGGACAUUUCCGUGAGCCAGAGUACACCACCUCGUAUUCUCCUUGGUCGUGCGACACCUUCGGGUCUUGCAUUGGCAGCAAAGAUAUGAAGUCCAAAGGGGGUUCAAUGGAACCAAACUUAGACAAGGGCAAAGGUCUGAGACCUCACAGUUUGGAGCUUCAGCGCAGAGCGGCAGACGUCAAAGACGACGACCCCAUUAUUCCCUUUGGCUCCCUGCCGACCGUGUCCCGCUUCGGAGCCAUCUCGCGUACGUCUAAACCAGGCUACCCGCCCAACAACCAAAUACCAACCUCUGCAAAACAUACAACUGCUGCUGACUACACCUAUGGAAACCACAGCGGGUGGAGCGCCGACUCCUUACAGCACCACCAAAUGUCUCAGGGGCACUUAAGCGAGCGGUCCCCAGCGGUGCAGGCGAGAGAGCAGCUGAGGAUGGAGCUUCAGCAGGUCAACCAGCAGAUCAACCAACAGACGCAGAGUCGCAUGGAGAUCUCGAGCUCUCGAGCGGACUGGUCCUCUGGGAGUCUGUCGAGCGAGCAGCUGAGUCUCGAGCUUCACCAGGUGGAGCGAGAGAUCGGCAAGAGGACACAGGAGAGGGCCAUGGAGAACCACGACGGCAAGUACAAGCUGGUCUCAGUCGAGAACGGCAAAGACGAACGCGCUCUGAAGCGAGACGAGCACUCGCUGACUCUCAGCGAGAGCUCCAACGGCUCCAUGGUUCUGGCACAAGACCGCAGUCUCAUGAGCAGCAGCAUGUCCUCGCUGACCAGCAAGACAUCAUCUCUCAGUUUGUCCUCGGAGCAGGUGGCUAGCAGCCCCGAUCUUCCCAAGAACGGACACUCCUAGACAGCUCUUUCUACCUCAGCCUCUCCUUCCACCAUCACCGACAGGCUAUGCUAUUCCAGGUUAUCCCAUGCCACGUCAUCAUUUGCACUUCAGUUUUACUUUGACAACGGAGUUCAGCAGGAAUUGCUGUGCGUGAGCUCCCCGAUGUCGUUUCCUGAAUCUCUUGGCAGCAGUAUCUGCUGUUGAGUGCUUUCAACUUUUUUUUAUGACGUGCAUCACCUUUUGUGAGACAAGCCUUUCACAUUGCCUUGUAAACCAGUGGAUAUACUCAGUCUUAAAUGUUUGCGAGUCGACAUUGAUAAAGAUUUCAGUUGAUUAUUUAAUUGGAAGACCACGAUUUUGGGUUUCAAAACUUUUCUUCAACUUUUUAUCCUAACGUGCUACAUUUUGGUAGUUGCUUUAUAUCUCGGUGUCACGUUUACACUUGUGUCACAGUUUACAGCAUUCAAUUCGAUUUAAGGUUUAUUUUUACAGUAACCACAAACCUGCCACAUAUUCAUUCAACAGCUACUAAAUCAGUUUUAUUAUGAUGAGGCGCACAACUGUGUAUCAUAUUUUACAUUUCAAUAUUUUGCAAAAUAACAGAUUUGUUGUUCGUAAACCCAAGCGUUCACCACAUCAACCUUUAUGCAGUUCCUGCGGGACUUCGAUUGAACCUUCCACCAGAAGAAACUCUUUGCUACCAUCCUCAGGGAUUCUUUCAUUUCUGGCCUUUUUUUCAAGUAAUUAAUAGAAAAAUACAGUAUAUCCAAGUCAAACUUCAUGGCAAAGUAUAACAAAAGAUGGAUGUUGAGUCUUUGGUUGCUUUUAGUCAAAUAAAGAGGGUUGCCACAUAUCACAUAUACCCCACUUAUUAUUUCUUUAUUAGAUUUUUCCAUCCUGAGGAUGGAAACGGAACCGUUACGAAAACAAAGAUACAUUCUGUUUUAAGAAUGCGUUUGUAAUUACCGCUCUUCACUUUGUUAGUGAAAUGUAUGAUCUCCAGAAAGCCCGGUGCUUUUUGUAGCCGAUAGUUUGCACGUUUUUAUGCGCCGUUUCUGAAAGGUAACCAGUUUCUUGAAAGAUGUGGCGUGUUUAUGUUCCAUCCGAAAGAUAAGAUGUUGAUCCUGUUGUAGCCACCAUAAGAGUCCUCCAUUCUCAUGUGUUCUUGAUGCCGUUAAAGUUUGAAGAACGUGUUGUUUUGAUGGCCAGGUUCAAUCGAAUUCCCAAAGGGUCUUUUCAUUCUUGAACAAUGCAUAUUUUUGUCAGAUUUGAGGGUUUAUGUUAUGUCAAACUGUAUUUUUAACAGUUUUUUUAAAUUUAAAUUUCGAAUGUUGGGUAUGAACAUAACAGUAGUUGAGCAUACUUGGCUUGUUAUAUUUAGUCGAUUUUUUUUACACAUAUAAGGAAAAAACAGGUUGUAAUAUGAUCAAUAACACUCAUUGAGCCUGAUCUGACAGAAUUCAGACCUUUUCCUGCUGAUUUUGGAGGAAAAUCUGUUGAAAUCUGCACUUGGUGAAACGUAUUAGAGUAGGGAGAUCUACUUUUAUCAGUAAAGCAUUAUCAAACUAGCCAAAAUCUUACAUAAACCCGCAUGUGUGAGCAGCUACACUUGCAAGAUUUUACAAAAUGUACAAAACGCUGUAAAUCUCAAAACUUGCUUUUUUCCACGUAGACUUUUUCCUUAGUGGUGAGAUCUCAUCACGUGCGAAACUCGAAGUUAGCUCGAAGUUGUUUUAUAGUUUUGUUUAUUUCUGCCGGUAUAUAAUAGUCUCUUGAGACAUCAGACCACAAUCUUAAAAGCACCUAUUUUGGUGGAACAUGCAGAUGCUAAUGUUUUUACGUACAUUCUUUCAUUAUCAUAUUUAUGGUGUUACUAUGGCUUUGGUCUGAGCUUUUGACAUUAAAGCAAUCGUCAAGAUUGGAUAUUACGAUUUUGUUUAGAUGACAGAUCUGUGGCACAGUGUGGAAUUUAGGGAUCGUAGGAUUUUUUUCCCCAGAUUUUUGAAAGGAAAGCAGAAGCAAAUUUGUUGUUGGUGCGGCGCCCCCUCAAUGGAUGUGAAUUUUGAAUCAAUGGAGCUUUUAAGAAUUUUGGUUCACAAUAGGGUUAGAAUAACAUCCACCUCUGUCUUUAUCUCAGGGUUGAUUUUCAGUAUAUAUGGGCGUACACAGGUCAUUACCCCGGCCCGCACACAUCUGUCAGGACUGAACCUCUGUCAAGGACUUGAAGACAUCAAGACUGUGCCUUUAUAUUAAUGUGUUGAGUAUAUAAAUGUAGCCAAACCAUCUUUAUUUAUAAUAUUUCCAAAUCUUCGCAAGUCUUCUAUGUCGCAUUUAUAUUAAAUGAUCUCUUCAAAUCUGCCGGCUUUCAGACUGCCGACUGAGAACCGCCUAUCCUUUCAGAGAGAAAGGACAAUUAUUACCAGGUCAUUUGUUUGUGUAGCCAUUUUGUGCAAGUGGAUUUGAGUAUUUAAGCGUGUUUCUUGGCGUGAUGGUGUUUGUUCCAUCAUUUUUGAUGUUAAGGCCUGAAAUAGGAAAACAGCGAACGAGGGAAACUCUUUGUGUAUUUUGUCAUCGUUUGAUGUCUUUUAAUUGAGUAUCAUGGAAUAUUUAAUGUCAUAUUUAACAUAGGAGGUAUGAUACAGGUAUACACGUGGACUGUUCUUUUGCACCUAAGCGAGAAUGUUUUUCAAUGUUUCCUCGAACGAAACGCAGAUAUUAAUCUCGCAAAAGGGCUCGAUUUAUUGUGGUGUUGGAACGAUCGAUAUCAGCCAUUUGAAAACGUACAACCACUUUUAACAUACUGUUGCAAAGCAACAUUUACACAAUCUCCCCGUGAACCGACGGGAAUCGCCUUCGAUUCGAAAAAGGAAGCCAAAACAGGCAAAGCUUACGAAACUUGUAAAGAUGAUUUUGAAAUCGUGUUGUACCUUGAAAUUAAUCAAAGAAAAUAUAAAAAUGUAUAUUUUGCAAAAAAGAAAACAAAGCCUUACAGUUUUUAUUACUGUAAUGUGAAAAAUGCACAUUGGAUGGGGAUAUACUUAUCACAAAAAUGUUACAAUGCAAAAAAAAACUUUUUUGCAAAAUAUAUUUUUGUUUUGUGUUUUUUUAUGAUCGGUGUCCAAACAAAAAAACGAGUUUUUGUCAUUUAUUUAUUGUAAUUCUUGACUGUUCUGAUCGUUCUGGCUCUUAAAUUUAGAAUGUAGCGUUAAUAUGUAAAACGUUGUAAACUUGCAAAGAUUUAAAACUAGAAUGGGUCAAAUUUGACACUUCAUUCACCCUAGUUCCCACAAAGAAGUGAUUUAUGGUACAUAUUUUUCCUCGGUCUCCAGGGGAACGUAAACAUUGAACACAAACAUGCGUAAGAGGAUAUUUCUGUAGUAGAGGAUUUGCAAUGUUCCUUGAAAAGAAGGGUUGUGCACAAGCUUUAGUGUUUUAGCGUAUAGCUGUAGUAUGUAGUUUUGAAAUGAAUGAUCGAUUGUGCAUGUGUGUGCGUUCCGGUGUGUCCAAUGGGAGUGCUGUCCACCUCAUUUCUGUAUUGUUUGUUCCCACCGAAGCAUACAUGUCGCUUGCACACAUAUUGACUUUUCUGUGAUAUGGGGUGUUGCAUUGUGGUCUAUUCACCAUGAUUCCUAACAUUGGGAAAUCUGAUUGAUCUUGACGGUUUCGCUCAUGUUAUUUCAUGAUAGGCUUCUUAAAUUAAGGUACACUUUAACUUCGACAUAAGAAAAUACAUGUUUGUAUAUUAUACUCCAUUAAGGAAUGUUUAGAAUUAUAUUUCUCCAAUGUGGAUGUAGUCGUAAUACCUUUCUUCUUUUUGUACAAGAAUUCACUGUGUGAAAUUUCGGAUUGCAUUUUUGUAUAAUACAAUUGCUUUUCUUCUGUAAGAGGGCAGGGGGUAUUACCAACUGGAUUUUUGAAUUAGAUAUUGAAACACUUGAAAUUAUUUAAUAAGAAAUGUAUUCUAUGUGCGGCAGUGAUUCUGGCAUGGAUUAUGAAUAAAUGAUAUUGUAAACCA